UGUCGUGCUCCAUCAACUACCAAACCGAAUCAAACAGCAGCUAUGCCUUUGAGAUCAUUGCCCAAGACGAAACACUCUACUUCGAGUUCUAGCUCUCCGCAGUACUCGAUUACGUGUCCUGAGUAAGUAGCUGCGUCAGGCAGCAAUUCACCUCUUCAUGGCAUCCGCAACUAUGUUGGUUGCGACGAAAGGCGGUAGAAACAAAGAUGGGGGCGUCUUCCCUGUCGUUCGCCCCGUUAUUCUCAGAAAGCGGGCUGGCGCAGGAUCAGGGAUAUGAUGAAUUUGUCGCCGUGACUGAACACCUGGACAGGACCUCGGAAGGAAAGCCAGGCAACUGUGUUUUUUUUCGGAGAUUUGGGCUAUCUUUCCUGGAUGUGUUUUUUUUGCUUUCCUCAGCCCGCAAUAUUCACCUACAAUACAUCGGCACCGGUUUCAUUGCUCAUUCGACUUGCGAGCUCCAACACCCCCGAAAGACCACUUGGGUCGUCACGCGUACAGGCUUUUGUCCCACCACAACUGAUUUCCUGUCUAGACCGCUAUACGAAGAAACGGGCGCAAGAGGUAUCUUCAGUUUGAAUAUACUAUCUUUGCGUUCGGAUGGGCUGGUCUGAAGUGUGUUUUCCUUCUCCUGGGGCUGGAUUAAUGGGAGAAACAUCUUGAGAUGUAACUUGGGCAUAUUGAGGUUAGAGUUGCCUAGGUGGUAUAUAAUUUAUGAUACUACCAAUGCUA